GUUUACAGCCACCCUGCAUAUUUUUAUAUUUUUGCAUAUCAUCACCCAGUCAUUUACUAGACACUGCACCCACUUGAUCAGCCACAUAUAUCACGACAAGACGGGAUACAAUGCUAGCACGCACUGCUAUUGCCGUUAUUGCGAUCCUGCUGCUGCAAGUGCACGCUUUCCCUCAGUCGAUCCCCGUGGUUGCAGCCGUUGGUUCCACAAUCGCUGCCCCAGAAGCAGCGGCCGAACAUACCGCUCUGCCCGAUUCUGACGCUAACCUGCACGACUGUGUGGUAGUGCAUGAGGCUGGAGGCGACCCAUCUAUCACCGAAUCUGAACUGGAUGCCAUAUCUGUUCCCUUGACUGAGACACUAUGUCCCUCUGCCCUGACUCCUGCCGUGCAAACAGCUGCAUUGCCUGCGCCGAUACAGCAGGUUAUGGCAGUUGUUGCCGCAGUGUCACAGCAGCUCACUGUUGCCAAUCCGUUUGCUUCUGCUGCUACCCCUGUCCAACCACCCGCGAUUGCCCCAGCUGGCGCACCGAUUAUCGCUAGUCCAGCUGUAUCAGCCUCGGCGCAAUCGAGCACAAAGGGCAACCACAUGCGCAAGUGGAUUGGGAUGCCAAACAUUAUUUUCCACCAAGGGGUCAACGGCUCAAAAAGCUACUGGGGACCAGAGGGCAUGCAGCCGUUCGAUAACGUGGUUAUGCGGUUUGGCGACAAGAACCAGUUUCACUCAUACGGCACAAUGUUCAUCAACGACACAGUUACCAAUGGGCUCCGGCCAUACUUCUUCAUGGGCAACGGUACAAUGAUAGACGGAUGGAUGACCUGCGCGGCAACAACCUCUGUUGCUGUUGCUGCUGCCCGUGUUGUUGUUGUUGCUGCCCGUGCUGCUGCUGCUGCUGCCACUGCUGCCAUUGUUGUCAUUGCUGCUGCUGCCACUGCUGCUGCUGCCACUGUUGCCAUUGCUGCUGCCACUGUUGCUGCUGCCAUCCUUGCUGCUGCUGCUGCCAUCCUUGCUGCCACUGCUGCCAGCCAUGCUGCUGCCACCAGUGCUGUCAACCAUGCUGGUGGUGGUGAAGGCGAGGGCGAUGGUGGUGAGGGUGAGGGUGAAGGCGAAGGCGAAGGCGAAGGAGAGAGCGGCGGGAAUGGCGAGAGCGGCGGGAAUGGCGAGAACGGUGGCGAAGGCAAUGACGACAGCAAUGGUGGAAGCGACGGCGGGAACAAUGGACAGGGUGGUGCCUAUGAGUUCGGCCAAGGGUUCUGGGCGGUGUUCCUGCUGUUGAAGCUGUUGCCAGCACAGUGGCCAAUACUGAGAUUGGCCAAGCGGCUGCAACAUGUGGAACUCCGUGUAUCAGGUAUGUUGCUGGUCCCGCUGGUCCUGCUGGUCCUGCUGGUCCUGCUGGAGCCCCUGGUGCUCCUGGUGCUCCUGGUGCUCCUGGUUCUCCUGGUUCUCCUGGUUCUCCUGGUCCCGCUGGCCCUCAAGGCGAGACUGGUCCUGCUGGGUCGCCUGUGCACUGCGGCAGGUCCAGCAACUGUAGCACUGCCGCCUCCUUUGACGGUCGCGUACCAGAACCCGUGCAACCCAUGCUGCGUUAACUGCCACACGUACUCUGAUCUGCAUGUCGAUAACGAUGAUGAUUGCUGCUGCAAGCCCGCGGCGGUGAUCAAGACGCACAAUUUUGUGAAGGAGGUCCACUACAAGUGCUGCACUGGCCCGUGCGGUGAGGUGUGCUGCGAGCCGGUCCGAUCUCCAUUUGUUCUGAUGGCUGCCACUGCUGCUGCUGCCGCCGCGACGGAUCCUGCUGCCACCAGGACUGCUGCCAUCACGAGUGCUGCUGCCACGAGCCCUGCUGCUGCCACAAUGAGUGCUGCUGCCACCCCUGCUGCCACCACGAGCACUGCUGCUGCCAGCGCGAGUGCUGCGGCCACGUGGAUCCGUGCUGCUACUGCCACCACGACUGCUGCUGCCAUGAUGAGCCGGGCUGCUGCUGCCGCAAGGAGUGCUGCUGCCACGAGGAUCCGUGCGGAUGCGAUCACAAGUGCUGCUGCUGCCACAAGAAUGGCGACUGCUGCCACAAAGAGUGCUGCUGCCAUCAUGAGGAUCCGUGCUGCUGCCAUCACGAGACCUGCUGCCACCACGAAGGACCCUGCUGCUGCCACCAUGAGACCUGCUGCAACCAUGAGGAUCCGUGCGGCUGCCACCGCGAUGUUUGCUGCUGCCACAAGGAGGGUGAUUGCUGCUGCUGCCACGAGGAGCACGACGGAUGCGGCCAGUCGGUGCAUCGUUACGCACGCGAUCGCCGACAACUGUGGCACGCACUACUGUGUGACCAACUGCGUCAAGGACCAGUGCGGCAACCGGUGUGUCGAGACCCACCACUGCUUCGCGCCCAACAAGAGCCCGUGCAGCUGCGACGAUGGCCUGUCGACUGAGUGCUGCGUGACCCACUACAUCGUCGAGCCGCCUUGCGGGUGCGGAUGCGGAUGCGGAUGCGGAUGCUUCCAGGGAUGCCCGACUCCGAUCUGCACACCGUCGUUCUCCCCUCCGCCACCUCCGCCUCCACCCGACGGCAGCAGUGGUGCUCCGGCCCCUACUUCGAGUCCUGCCAGCUCAGCGCCCUAUGGCGGCCACUAAAGGUGGCCAGCAAUAUGAAACCCGAGCAGGCUGGCCCAUGGAUCUUACGAGGACUCUGUCGUUUAUCGACUGCCCUGUUGUGUGGUACGAGAUAUGGCGAGCCGUCCUCCAGGAAUUCCGCAAGUCAGCAGGCUCCUUUUCUGCUGCCCAGCUUCGUGCUGAGACUCCAACCUACCAUCCAGUUACUCUUUUCUCCCCCGUUUUUAUAUCCCGUUAGUUGCGCUUUACUACCACUUCACUCCUAAUUACUCCUAUGCUCUCUUCCAUCUCUGAUAUUGCAGGCAAAAAGGGUAUUCGCGCCCUUGUGCCUCUACUACAAUAUGAUGUGCCUACGUUCGACGCAUAAUGGAAAG